UCCCGCCCCCCCCCCCGCCACGAUUCCCUUUCUUUAAAAUUUCCCACUCCUAUUAACUCCUCCAUCCCUUCAGCACCUAACGCCCGUUAUGACCCACACUUUGUCGAGUUAUAGAGGUGGAACUAACUAACUGGCUAUAGAAGCCUCAUUAAUGUGAGGUUUGGUAGUUGGUGUUUCUUUUUUUGGAGAUCGAAGGUGGUAUUUGUGAGAAUUCCCGUAUAAUCUAUACCAUCACUACUACUCUACUGAUACUAUAGUGACUGUCUUUUUUCUUUUUUGAAAUUUGAAAAAGUUAGGGAAUUGAAAAAAGAAAGUGGGUUUGCAUCUGUGGUUUCAUUUUAUUGCCUUUGCUUCAAUUUUAGUCCAAAAAUAUUGCCACCUACAUUCUCAUUCUUCGGACUCUCUCUCUCUCUCUCUUGCUUUUCUUUUGUUCGGCCUGGAAAUUGCUUUAGGUUCUUCCAUUGCAGGGCUUAUAGCUUCACCAUCCCUAGCUUCUACUUGCUAGAAGUGUAUGUUUUCGGAGACAGAAACUUUCUGCUCUCUCCCUCCCUCCCUCCCUCUCUCAUUUAUCUCCAAAGAUCAAAAACAAAAAGAGUAAGAACAAAACUUUUUGGUUUCUACUCCACCCCUGCUAUUGUCAGUUGUAACCUCCACCUUGUUUUCUGUCUUUUGAGUCACAAGCGUUGUUGCCAUCUUUGAUAGCCCAAAAAAUCUCUCCUUUUCAAGUUUGAUAGCCCCUUUUCUCCACCUUUUGCAUUCUUUCAUGGGGUCCUUUUCUUAGAAUCAAAUGUAUCAAAAGUUGGGAUUCAAUUAAACUGAGAGAAAAAUGCUGCUCAAGUUCUUAUGUUUAGCUGUUUUGGCUCCGCUACUUCUGGUACAGUGUUUGGACUCAAUCAAUGAUGAUGUACUUGGCUUGAUAGUAUUCAAGGCGGGUCUUCAAGACCCAGAGUCUAAACUCUCAUCAUGGAAUGAAGAUGAUGACAGUCCUUGUAACUGGGUUGGUGUCAAAUGUGACCCGAAUACCCAUCGGGUCACUGAACUGGUUCUUGAUGGCUUCUCUUUAUCUGGGCACAUUGGUCGUGGCCUUUUGAGGCUACAAUUUCUUCAGGUUCUGUCUUUAGCUAAUAAUAAUUUUAAUGGGACUAUAAACCCUGAUCUUCCUAGACUUGGCGGCUUACAAGUUAUUGACUUGAGUGAAAAUAGUCUAUCAGGGUCAAUCCCCGAUGGGUUUUUCCAGCAAUGUGGGUCAUUGAGGUCUGUUUCAUUUGCUAGGAAUGAUCUUACAGGGAUGAUUCCUGGUUCUUUGAGCUUUUGUACGUCGCUUUCAGUUGUUAAUUUCUCAUCGAAUGGCCUUUCUGGUGAAUUGCCAUCUGGAUUAUGGUAUUUGAGAGGGAUACAGUCUCUUGAUUUGUCUGAUAAUUUGUUGGAAGGAGAGAUACCUGAAGGAAUUGCAAAUUUGUAUGCUUUGAGAGCCAUUAAUUUGAGAAGGAAUAGGUUCACUGGGCAGCUACCAGUGGAUAUUGGAGGUUGCCAGGUUUUGAAACUGCUUGAUUUUAGCGAGAAUGCUUUGUCUGGUGGUCUUCCAGAGUCAUUGCAGAGGCUUAGUUCAUGUGCUACUGUUAGACUAGGAGGAAAUUCAUUCACAGGGGAAGUUCCUGGGUGGAUUGGACAGUUGACAAGUCUUGAAAGCUUGGAUCUUUCUGUCAAUAGAUUUUCAGGUCGGAUUCCAGUUUCAAUAGGAAACCUUAACGUGCUGAAGGAAUUGAAUCUGUCCAUGAACCAGCUUGCUGGAGGGUUGCCUGAGUCAAUGGAGAAUUGUGUUGACCUUUUGGCUAUAGAUGUUAGCCAUAAUCGGUUGACAGGUAACCUUCCUUCAUGGAUUUUCAAGACGGGGUUAAAAAGCGUGUCGCUUUCUGGGAACAAACUUGAUGAAAGCAUAGAACAUCCUUCAGGUGUAUCAUUGGCAGCUUCUCUUCAAAGUCUUCAGGUCUUGGAUCUAUCUUCAAAUGUCUUCUCUGGAGAAAUCCCAUCUGACAUUGGGGUUUUAAGCAGCCUGCAACUCUUUAAUGUGUCAAGGAACCAACUGUUUGGUUCUAUUCCACCGAGUGUAGGAGAAUUGACAAUGAUACAAGCUCUGGAUUUGAGUGAUAAUAGGCUAACCGGCAGCAUUCCUUCUGAAAUUGGAGGAGCAGUCUCCCUCAAGGAACUGAGAUUGGAGAUGAACUUCCUAUCUGGGAAAAUUCCUACUCUGAUCAAGAAGUGCUCAUCGCUAACAUCUUUAAUUAUAUCUGGGAACAACCUUAGUGGUCCAAUUCCAGUAGCCAUUGCAAACCUAACCAACCUACAAUAUGUAGAUUUAUCAUUCAACCGCUUCUCUGGAAGCUUACCCAAAGAGCUGGUCAAUCUUUCCCACCUCCUGUCCUUUAAUAUUUCUCAUAACAACUUAAAAGGUGACCUCCCACUUGGGGGUUUCUUCAACACUAUUUCCCCAUCAUCUGUCUCUGGUAAUCCCUCCUUGUGUGGAUCUGUUGUCAACCGAUCCUGCCCUUCUGUCCAUCAGAAGCCUAUUGUUCUGAAUCCCAACUCUUCUGGCUCCUCCAAUGGCACCUCUUUUAAUCUCCAUCACAGGAAGAUUGCACUCAGCAUCUCUGCUCUCAUUGCUAUUGGCGCAGCUGCUUGCAUUACACUCGGUGUGGUAGCUGUUACUCUCCUCAAUAUCCGUGCAAGAUCUUCUAUGGCACGCUCGCCUGCUGCUUUCACAUUUUCUGGUGGGGAAGAUUUCAGCUGUUCCCCAACUAAUGAUCCAAACUAUGGCAAGCUUGUCAUGUUUUCUGGCGAUGCUGAUUUUGUUGCUGGGGCCCAAGCAUUACUCAACAAAGACUCAGAACUUGGUCGUGGUGGGUUUGGGGUUGUUUACCGAACAAUACUUCGAGAUGGGCGUUCAGUUGCUAUAAAGAAGCUAACAGUUUCAAGUUUGAUCAAGUCCCAAGAUGAAUUUGAAAGGGAAGUGAAGAAACUUGGAGAGGUUAGGCAUCAUAAUCUUGUCACACUGGAAGGUUAUUACUGGACUCCAUCCUUGCAACUCCUUAUUUAUGAAUACGCAUCCAGUGGAAGUUUGUAUAAGCAUCUCCAUGAUGGACCUGAUAAGAACUACCUCUCCUGGCGGCAUAGAUUCAACAUAAUACUUGGAAUGGCUAGAGGUUUGGCCCAUUUGCAUCACAUGAACAUAACCCAUUACAAUUUAAAAUCAACCAAUAUUCUGAUAGAUGAUUCUGGUGAGCCAAAAGUGGGAGACUUUGGCCUGGCGAAGCUGUUGCCCACUUUAGACCGUUGCAUCUUAAGCAGCAAAAUCCAGAGUGCAUUAGGAUACAUGGCUCCUGAGUUUGCUUGUCGAACGGUGAAGAUAACUGAGAAAUGUGAUGUGUAUGGGUUUGGGGUCCUAGUUUUGGAAGUGGUGACAGGGAAGAGGCCAGUGGAAUACAUGGAGGAUGAUGUGGUUGUGCUAUGUGACAUGGUGAGGGGAGCACUGGAGGAUGGAAGAGUGGAAGAAUGCAUUGAUGGCAGACUUCGAGGAAAUUUUCCAGCAGAUGAGGCGAUUCCAGUAGUAAAACUUGGUUUGAUAUGUUCAUCUCAAGUGCCAUCGAAUCGGCCAGACAUGGAAGAAGUGGUCAAUAUUUUAGAGCUGAUCCAAUGUCCUGCAGGGGGGCAGGAAGAGCUGGAGUGAACGGGACUUGUACUAGAGUUCAAGAAAGAAACCGAAAACAUGUUUUCUCCAGUGAAGAAGAAUCCGGUUGGUUUGUUCAAAGAAAAAAAAAAGAAUAUAUUGUUCAAUUUACCUUCAAAAUUCUCCUCGCUAUUGAAUUUUAUUUGUACCCCUUUUUUUUAUGACAAUGUUAUCUACAGUUUCCAUGACCGGAUUCCUUUUCACCGGAAUAUAGGGCACUUAUAAUAUUGCAUCAAUGAUAUUCCUCCCUAAGGAGUAUACUUGACUGGUUACUCA